AUGGUCAACUCAGUCCCAACACUGUACAUUCUGAACCGGAACUACUCUUCCUGGUCCCUGCGUGCCUGGUUGGUAAUGCGCUACUUCAAGCUCGACUUCAACAUCGAGCUCCUCCUUCUUGGAACUCCCGAGAUCCCCGACAUGGGGAUCCCCGCCGCAGAUGUGUUGAUGCGUCGUGCAGGACCGACUUCCAAGGUUCCCGCGUUGCACGUGGAGAAGCCUUCGGGUGGACACCAUAUCGUCUUCGAGACAUUAGCGAUCUUGGAGUACCUUGCUGAAGAUUAUCCUGAGAUCUGGCCCACUGACCGCUACGACCGCGCCCUCGCCCGCUCGCUGGCCGCAGAGAUGGCCACUGGUUUCUUUGGGAUCCGCAAGUACGCCAUGAACAUCCGCGGCCGGUACGCCUUUGAUCCCGAACUCUACACCGCGGACACCAUCAAUCAAUUGGCCCGUGUCUCAAGCAUCUGUGAGGACCUCCGAUCAAAGCAGGUCGGCAAGGACGGCGAUAAGGGGUACUUGUUUGGUCGCUUCACGGCCAUCGAUGCCAUGUAUACACCUCUGGCGUUCCGUCUUCGGAAUUACUCGUUGAUGGACAAGAUCCAGGGCAAGCACGCUCAGGCUUAUGUCCAGCGACUUUUGGAUACGGAGGAGGUCAAGGAGUGGGUCGAGCUGUCCAAGAAGGAGAAGGAGGUUAUCCCUGCCGACGAGAUGCCCGGUUAUGAAGGCAAGCAGCUCACUGAUGUUGAGUAA